CGCAGCCGGGGGUAACCUUGAGGCUGCGGCCGCGGGUUCCCGCACUGGAUCGACGCUCGCCGCCUGUGCGCGUCUCUUUGCUCCGUCUGCUCGGACGCUCGCCCGGCCUCGCCGCAGCUCUGCAGGGAAAAUCUUAUUCAGCUCUGAGCAGUCUUGGCAAGUGGGGCCACAGAGACACCCUGAGCAAACUCGCUACCAGCAUUCUGUCACCGGAAGCCCAAGUCCAGAGAACACAAGUUCCCCGGGACCCAGGACCCCAGCAGCCAUGUCAAAGCACCAGAGUGACGUCGGGACUGCCUUCAUCCAGACCCAGCAGCUGCACGCGGCCAUGGCCGACACCUUCCUGGAGCACAUGUGCCGCCUGGACAUCGACUCGGCACCCAUCACGGCCCGCAACACGGGCAUCAUCUGCACCAUCGGCCCAGCCUCCCGAUCGGUGGAGAUGUUGAAGGAGAUGAUUAAGUCUGGAAUGAACGUGGCUCGUCUGAACUUCUCUCACGGCACUCAUGAGUACCACGCAGAGACCAUCAAGAAUGUGCGCACAGCCACGGAGAGCUUUGCCUCUGACCCCAUUCUCUACCGGCCAGUUGCUGUCGCCCUGGACACUAAGGGACCUGAGAUCCGAACUGGGCUCAUUAAGGGCAGUGGCACCGCGGAGGUGGAGCUCAAGAAGGGCGCCAAGCUCAAGAUCACUCUGGAUAACGCCUACAUGGAAAAGUGUGACGAGAACACCCUGUGGCUGGACUACAAGAACAUUUGCAAGGUGGUGGAAGUGGGCAGCAAGAUCUAUGUGGAUGAUGGUCUCAUUUCUCUGCAGGUGAAGGAGAAAGGUCCUGACUACCUGGUGACUGAGGUGGAGAACGGAGGCUCCCUGGGCAGCAAGAAGGGUGUGAAUCUCCCCGGAGCUGCUGUGGAUCUGCCUGCUGUGUCGGAGAAGGACAUCCAGGAUCUGAAGUUUGGGGUCGAACAGGAUGUGGAUAUGGUGUUCGCAUCUUUCAUCCGCAAGGCAGCGGAUGUUCAUGAGGUCAGGAAGGUCCUUGGAGAGAAAGGAAAGAACAUCAAGAUCAUCAGCAAGAUCGAGAACCAUGAGGGCGUUCGGAGGUUUGAUGAGAUCCUGGAAGCCAGCGAUGGCAUCAUGGUGGCCCGUGGUGACCUCGGUAUUGAGAUCCCUGCGGAGAAGGUCUUCCUUGCGCAGAAGAUGAUGAUUGGACGGUGCAAUCGGGCUGGGAAGCCAGUUAUCUGCGCCACCCAGAUGCUGGAGAGCAUGAUCAAGAAGCCACGCCCCACUCGGGCCGAGGGCAGCGACGUGGCCAACGCGGUGCUGGACGGAGCAGACUGCAUCAUGCUGUCCGGGGAGACAGCCAAGGGCGACUACCCGCUGGAGGCCGUGCGCAUGCAGCACCUGAUAGCUCGGGAGGCCGAGGCAGCCAUGUUCCACCGCCAGCUGUUUGAAGAACUUGUGCGCACGUCCAGUCACUCCACAGACCCCCUGGAGGCCAUGGCCAUGGGCAGCGUGGAGGCUUCCUAUAAGUGCUUAGCGGCAGCUUUGAUAGUUCUGACGGAGUCUGGCAGGUCAGCUCACCAGGUGGCCAGAUACCGCCCCCGUGCCCCCAUCAUUGCUGUGACCCGGAAUCACCAGACGGCCCGCCAGGCCCACCUGUACCGUGGCAUCUUCCCCGUGGUGUGUAAGGACCCAGUGCAGGACGCGUGGGCUGAGGAUGUAGACCUCCGGGUGAACUUGGCCAUGAAUGUCGGCAAGGCCCGAGGCUUCUUCAAGAAGGGAGACGUGGUCAUUGUGCUGACAGGGUGGCGCCCUGGCUCUGGCUUCACCAACACCAUGCGUGUGGUUCCCGUGCCGUGAUGGGCCGCAGAGCCCCAUCUCCAGCCCCUGCCCCACCCCUCCCCCAACCCGUCCAUUAGGUCAGCAACCGCUUGUAGUGCUCACUCUGGCUGUAGUGUGGCACUCGUGGGCUGGGGCAGCAAGGCGGACGAGUGCCUCUGAACCGUGGCUCUGUGUAAGACCCUGCUCAGGGGGCUCCCCCAAAGCCACUGCCCAUCAUGUGUCCCUGCUGCAGUGAGGGGCAAGAGAGGGUUGCAGGACUGACUCUAGGCCCCAGAGAUAACAGAGGGCAGCAGCUCUGCCUCCUUUGUGCCCUAUGUCCACUUCCUGUAGAAAAUGGAUUUCCAGACAACUAGCCCUGGCCAGGGGUCAGAAGACAGCAAGAGAGGGGGCCGCAGAGCCAGGGGCAGGGGGUCCCGGUGAAGCUGGCUCUGACCCUGACUCGCUCCUGCUUCUCCAGCCCCCUAGGCUCCCCUCUCCCACCUUGUCGUGCCUCGUGCACAUCCGUCCCUGCACUCCACUCAGCAGUGGCCGCAGACAAACACUCCACCCGCCUGCCAUUCCCCGGCCGCUGCAGCCUUCUCCAGGCCUGUUGCUAUAGAACCUACCUGUAUGUCAAUAAACAACAGCUGAAGCA